GACAAUAUCGCGUCGAUCUGAUAAAAGAUAUCACAUACACACUUCCAAAAUAGGAGUCUGCGUUGGCCUUGAAACACAGUAUAAAAUCUGCAUAUUGUCAACUUUCCAGGGAGAAGUCCCCGCUGAAGACUCGCCAUGGCUGCGAUGUUGCUCUUAGUGGCCACGCUCGUCGCUCUCGGCUCCGGCCGUGGAGACGCCUUCGACCCCAACCCUCUCCAAGACUUCUGCGUCGCCGACACCACAUCCAAAGUGCGCGUGAAUGGCCUGUCGUGCAAGGAUCCGGCGGCCGUGGUACCCGACGACUUCUUCUUCUCCGGCGUCGACAAGCUGGGCGGCACGGCCAGCAAGCGCUACGGGUUCUCCGCGCUGUCCGUGCCCAUCCCGGGCCUCAACACCCUGGGCCAGUCGCACGCCCGCGUGGACGUCGCGCCGGGGGGCGUCUUCCCGCCGCAUUACCACCCCAGGGCCUCCGAGACGGCCGUCGUGCUCGAGGGCUCCGUCUACUUCGGCUUCCUCUCCUCCUACCCGGACAACAAGCUCUUCGCCAAGGUGCUCCGCAAGGGCGACGUCUUCGCCGUCCCGCACGGCCUCGUGCAUUUCCUCUACAACAACGGCACCGCGCCCGCCGCCAUCUACGCAACGCUCAGCAGCCAGAACCCCGGCCUGGUGCUCCUCGGCGACGCGCUCUUUGCCGGGGCGCUCCCGGACGAUCUCCUCGCCAAAACGCUCCUCACGGAUAAGCAUACCGUGGACCACAUCGCCGCAAACUUCAGGCGGUCUUAACCAAUGGACGUGCCACGCUUGCCAUGUACUAAUUAUUCUAUUUUCUGCGGGCGAAAUGAUUUGUAUCACCCGUUUCCAAUAAAAAUCUGCAAGAUAUUUCAAAACUAA